GGGUUCCAUCACCUCGCAGGAAGCGAAGAGGGCGUUGGGGUUGAAAGGUACGUGGACGGCUCUGGUGGUGCAUUGAUAGCCCCGCAGUCCAGUGCCAUCCAUCCAUUAGCCCUGCUUUGGUUCUGGGCUCCGUCAUCGCUUCCACUGUACCCCAACUACACUACGCGACCAUGCAGGAACAGCACCAAACCGCCGACUUGAAGCCUGGCUGACAAUGCCAGCAGCAGCAGCAGCAGCAGCUCCUCUGCAGAAUGACACCAUCAUGUAUACCCAUGGCGCGAACAAGGCUGCGCCUGUCGCGAAUAACAGGACGCCUGUACUCACACAUCGCAUGAAGCACGACAAAUCCAUCCUCACCCUUGCCGUCUCGUCGCAGUACAUUUUCGCAGGCACCCAGGGGGGCGAGAUACUCGUGUACAGCCUCGAUACCUACGAGCGUCGGCGAGUCAUACAGGCACACAAAGGCAGCGUGCUGGGCUUGUGUCUGUCGCAAGACCAGGAACUCCUGUUCUCGAGUGCAGCAGAUCCAAUCGUCAAUGUCUGGUGCACUUCUGCCUUCCGUCACCUCUACGCGCUCUGGUCACCCUACGAUAUCGGAGACAUCUUCUGUGUCGCCUACUCGUCCUUCCACCGUACAGUCUACCUUGGAGCGCAGAACACAAGCAUUCAGUGGUACGAUCUGAAGCAAAAGGACACUCGUCCGCGACCUGCUGUCGCUUCCCAUCCGUCGGAACGAAAGAACAAAUUCUUUGACUCCCUAGGGCCUGGUGGUGCUCAGACUCCCAAGCCAAUUGGCGCAGACAGCCGGCCGCGAGACGCUGUGGGAGGACAAGAGCUCCAGAUCGACGGCCAGGACAUUCGCCAGUUCGCCCAUUAUGGAUACGUACACUGCAUGCUAUUGGGAAGGGGCAUACUGCCAGAAGCGCCAGCGGAAGAAGUGCUAGUUUCAGGCGGAGGAGAUGGGCGCAUACUGCUAUGGCGGAUAGACCCAACUCGAGGCGGCGAUAUCUCCAGCCUCCAUACCUUGGAAGAUGGCAGAGAAGAGGGCGAGUCCAUCCUUUCGCUUGUACGAGAGGGCUCAUUCCUCUAUAGCGGACGUUUUGACGGUGAGGUGAACGUCUGGGACUUGGAAACUCGACAACUGGUUCGAAGUCUGAAAGCGAGCACGGGCGAUGUUCACACUUUAACACUCGGCGCUGGCGUCCUAUAUGCAGGUGGCACAUCUGGAGAGGUGCAGAAAUUCAAUGAGCAUUACGAGACCAUUACCAGCUUCAAAGCGCAUGAUGGCUUGAUCCUUGCCUCAGCUUUCACCAAGUAUGACGACAAACCCAUAUUAGUUACUGGCGGAAAUGACAACACCAUCGUCAUCUGGGAGGUUAAGGAUUGUGCAGGACCAGAUGCAGUCAUCAGGAAAAGCAGCAAUGACCUAAUGGUGGAAUCGCUGACUCAAUUCGUCUCGUUUUGUACAGUCUCAUCGCUGCCCAAGUAUCGCGCCGAUUGCAGGAGAGGCGCGUCAUAUCUUCGAUCGGUCUUUCAGAACUUCGGUGCCGUCACCGAGAUGAUCAAUACCAGCGAACCGUAUAACCCCAUUGUCUUCGCCAAGUUCAGGGGCAACCCUGCAACUGCAGCUUCAAGGAAGAAGAUUCUCUUCUAUGGUCACUACGAUGUUAUACCUGCAGAGAAUGAACACGGUAAAUGGAAGCACAAUCCGUUUGCGCUGACUGGAGAAGGAGGGUAUCUGUACGGUCGUGGCGUAUCUGACAACAAAGGCCCGAUCAUGGCUGCGAUCUAUGCCGCUCAUGAACUAGCCAAUGAGCAGAGUCUGGGCUCAGACAUCAUUUUCCUCAUCGAAGGAGAGGAGGAAAGUGGCUCUCGCGGGUUCGAGAACGCUGUGCGCGCAAAGAAAGACCUCAUUGGCGAUGUCGACUGGAUACUGCUGGCUAAUAGUUACUGGCUCGACGAUCAUGUACCUUGUCUCACCUAUGGGCUCCGAGGUGUCAUCCACGCGACUGUCCAAGUCGAGAGUAAGCAUCCCGAUUUGCACAGCGGUGUUGAUGGAAGUGCACUACUUGACGAGCCACUGAAGGAUCUCGUCAUGCUACUCUCAAAACUCACUGGUCGACAUGGCAAGGUCCAAAUACCCGGAUUUUACGACCCCAUACUACCCUUGACCGAAGACGAGAAGGACCUCUACACCGAGAUCACCAAAACGCUGCUGCGCGGCAAUCCAGACCUAGGAGAUCCGGAGGAGCUUGCACAAUCGCUUAUGCGCCGAUGGCGAGAGGCUUCACUCACUAUUCAUCGCUUUCAAACCUCUGGUCCCGAAAAUUCGACCAUCAUACCUCGCCUAGCCAAAGCUGCACUUUCAAUACGUCUUGUGCCAAACCAAGAGGCAUCUGCUGUUGCGAAUACUCUAAUCAACUUUCUCAAGUCAGAAUUCGACCAGCUCGAUUCGAAGAACAAGCUAAAAGUCACCAUUGACCACCAAGCCGAGCCUUGGUUAGGCGACUUCAACAAUGAGAUAUUCCAGACACUUGAGCGCGCUAUCAUGUCCGUAUGGGGCCCAACUCUCGGCCAAGAAAGGAGAGAAGGUGUAGCUGCGAUCAAAAGCCCAGACUACUUUGCUCCGCUAUCGCGAGCCGCCAACUCACCGUCAUCCACGACUGCCACAAAGAACAAGCCUACACCCACAACAUCAAACACUCUCGCCAACUCCUCUGAUUCCCGCCCCUCGACCUCCGACGCCUCCUCACCCACUACUACCACCACCGACCUCGACACCGCCACCAAUGCCUUCGCCAAACCUCUCUAUAUUCGCGAAGGCGGUUCCAUCCCAAGCAUUCGCUUCCUCGAAAAAGAAUUCAACGCUCCUGCUGCCCAUCUACCUUGCGGUCAAGCAAGUGACUCGGCACAUCUGGAUAACGAGCGCUUGCGACUUGUGAAUCUGUAUAAUAGUAAGAAGAUCUUCAAGGAGGUGUUUCGGGAACUGCCGAAGAAAUAAGGCUAUGGAAAGAAUCAGGGGGACAUGAAAGAAUAAAUUCACGAAGAGAUAAAAGUGCUCGGGAUUUGGGCGUUCUGGGAUGUUUUGCAAAUAUGUAUCAUACCCCCUUUUAACAUUCGAUAUUCAUACAGGAUGUAGAGACUCCUCGAGCAUACGUAUCUCGUUGCUGAAACCUCCAUUCUAAAUCAGACCAGCUGUAUCUCCGCU